AUGGAAAAUGAAUCGUUUGAUUUUAGAUCUGAGUUGACCAUGGAUCCUUUUAUCAUCCCACCUGGAGGGAAGUAUCCCAUCUUUUUUCUUGGCAUUGCAAUUUAUAUUUUUGCUGCUUUCUGCAACCUGACUUUGUUGACUCUGAUCAUUGUGAAGAAGAACCUUCACAAGCCCAUGUAUUUCAUCCUGUUCAGCCUUCCCCUCAAUGAUCUAAUAGGAAUAACUGCGAUGCUUCCUAAAGUUCUGUCAGACAUUGUUACUGAGACGAACAAUGUUUACUAUCCUCUCUGUGUCUUACAAGCUUUUCUGCUGCACAUGUACAGUGGAGGUAUUCUGUUCAUUCUUGCAGCCAUGUCGUUUGAUCGUUAUGCAGCCAUCUGUUUGCCGCUACGCUACACCUCCAUCAUGACCCCCAGAGUGGUCAUCUUAAUCGUGUCUCUAGUUUGGGGUCUUGACUUUAUCCUGAUUGUGUCACUGUUCUCUCUGCAGACCAGACUUCCCAGGUGUCGGUCUGUUAUAAUGAAUGUGUUCUGUGAUAACCCCUCUCUGCUGAAGCUCACAUGUGGAAACACGACUGUUAAUAACAUCAUAGGUUUGUUUAACACGGCCGUCAUGCAGGUGGUUAGUGUGUCUGUUCAGGCGUUCUCCUAUGUGAAGAUUCUGAUCACCUGUGUGCUUUCACGGAGGUCUGAAACAAAGGCGAAAGCUGUCAACACGUGUGUGGCUCAGUUAGUCAUCAUCAUCAUUUUUCAGAUUGUGGGAACUUUUACUAUUAUAUCUCACAGGUUUAAAAAUGUCUCAGCUGACCUGCAGAAGAUAAUGGGCAUGCUGAUUUUUCUCGUGCCUCCACUUCUGAAUCCGAUUGUUUAUGGGCUUUACACAAGUGAGAUACGAAACACUUUACUGACAGUCUUAAGAAAGAGCAGAGUGUCUGUAUAA